UUCGGAGAGCUAAUUUCACAUGCUUGCUUGAAUCGAUAUCAGGAGGAGCUACAUGGUUUUGGAGUUGCCAGAUCAAGACCGGGAGAACCUGGGGGGGUGACUGGAUGGCUAACCCGCUCAGAAGAGUGGAACUCUUGGUUGCUUAACGGAUUUGAGAAACAGAGAGCAUUUGCCAGAAGAGACAUCUUCACUGAAUGGCUUCUUGUAUGGUACAAUGGAGGAUUAAUGGCUUCUGGGUUUUGGGAGCAAGCACGAAACAUUAUGUCAUGGCGAUGUUGCUUCAUUUGCCCCCCCUGCUAUAUUGCAUUUCACCUUCCCCCCCCCCCCCCCCCCCCCCCAAUUGCAAUCCAUCUUUUGUAUUGUCAUCUGGACCUUGCAAUUGCAGUAGUAUUGCACCCGGGUUCCUACUAUGGAGUUCUUCUUAACUCUAUGAUUUUUUGCCACUUUGAUUUAAAAACCUGUGUAUGAUAAAGGAAAUGAAAUACUUAUAUUAGUUGAUAGCACUCAUGAACAAGACCAACUACAAUUUAAUCAAACCAGUACCAGUCCAUCAAUAAACAACCCUCUACAAUUUGCUUCAAUCAUAGAAUGUGUUUCAAGCUUGAGGUGUUCCCGCAGAGUUUCUUUUCAGAAUCACCGGACAAGAAGGAAAAGAUGGUACAUGUAAUGGCUAGCAGUUCAUUUCUACAUUGAAGCACAUUUGUAUUAUAGCUAUAGCUUUGCCUGUAAAAUAUAUGUAUUUAUUGACAUUCC